AUGGUCGAUAAUGGUGUCCCCCAGGGUUCAGUUCUGGGACCCAUUUUGUUCCUUAUCUACGUGGACGAUGCCGCAAGAGAUUUAGAUUGUGAAGUAGCAAUGUUUGCGGAUGACAUGAAGAUAUGGAUUGUAAUUCGGGGUCCUGCCGAUGAAGACAGACUACAGAUGAACCUGAAUCGGUUGGAGGAGUGGCCAAACCGUUGGCUCCUGCGGUUCAACGUUGCCAAAUAUAGCAUACUUCGCCUAGGCAACACAGCCAGAUCCGCCAGCACAAGAGGCUACUUUCUGGGCGGUGCAGCCCUACAAGAGGUCGAAGCCCAAAAGGACCUCGGUGUGCUUACAUCGAGUGCCCUAAAACCAUCCGCCCACUGUUCGUGGGUGGCAAAAAGCGCAAUGUCCGUACUGUACGCCAUCAAGCGUGCGUUUAUGGAGUUUGACGAAGAAGCUUUCUCGAAAACAUUCGGAACAUUCGUCCGGCCGCAUUUAGAGUACGGCGUACAAGCUUGGAGGCCGUGGGCUGUUUUGGAUCAAAACUGCCUCGAAAGAGUCCAGAGGAGAGCCACGAAGAUGGUUAGGGGUCAAAGCUCCUUUCCUUAUGCAACACGCCUAGUAAAUCUGAACCUCUUUCCUUUGAGUUACAGGCAACUUCGCGGGGAUCUCUUGCAAGCCUUCCGCAUUGUAAAGGGGUUGGAUUGCAGUCUGGCCUUCGAAGACUUUUUUGAAUUUGCUACCACGACCAACCUCCGAGGUCACCCGUUAAAACUGCGCACUCAGCAGGCACGGCUGGAUGUGCGGAAGUUCUCCUUCGCGGUUCGGGUGGUCAAACCAUGGAAUGAGCUUCCCGCAGAUGUUGUGAUGUCACCAUCUAUACAAAGUUUUAAGAAGAAUCUGGACAUAUUCAUGUUCCGAAAUGACCAAGAGCGAUGA